UGUUAAGGGUAGAAAUUACGACGAAAAGAGCUGGCAUUUUCUUUAGAAAUUAUUGUGUAGGAAGAUUCGAAAAUCAAGAGGUAAAAGCAAGAUAGCAAACUUCAUUCACUUCCCUCUACCUUCGCUCAACACUCUUUUCUCAACCUUUCUCUACUCUUAUUCCUUGCAAGAUGGCAACCAAGCUUUUUCUUGAUGCCUUGUCCGCUAUAAAAGAAGUUUUUGUCUCCAAGUUCGUUGACUUUUCCCUUGAGAAGCUGGCCUCAUCCGACCUCCUGCAAUUCGCUGCUCAAAAAAAGGUUCUUGAGGAGAUCCAGAACUUGGAGAAGGAACUGAAGCAGAUCCGUAGGGUGCUUGAUGAUGCUGAAGAGAGACAGAUGAAAGAGCAGCUGGUGAAAGACUGGUUGAUCGACCUCCAAAACUUGGCAUUCGAUGUGGAGGAUGUUUUGGACGAGUUUGCAACCGAAAUUGGCAGGCGCAAUCUGAUGAUGGAACGUCGAGGCAGCUCAAGUAAGAGAUCCAGACUCAAUAUUCCUCAUUCAUUCAAUGAUGUUCUGUUUAACAGAGAUAUAGUGUCCAAGAUAAGAGAUCUUACAGCCAAAUUGAAAGAUUUGGAACCUCAGAGAAACAAGUUAGAGUUAAGAAUGACUGCUUGCGAAAGACCCACUAGACGAGAAGAAAGACUGCAGCCUACUUCUUUGGAGAUUGAAAAUCAUGUGUACGGCAGAGACAAAGACAAACUGACAAUUCUUGAUUUGAUCUUGAAGAGUGAUGACGAAAGAAAAUUUGUGAUUCCCAUCGUUGGGAUGGGUGGGAUUGGUAAGACAACCCUUGCCCAGCUUGUUUACCAUGAUGCUUCCAUUCAACAUCAUUUUCACCUCAAAGCAUGGGCUUGUGUUUCUGAUUAUUUUGAUGUUUUGAGAAUAACGAAAGAAAUCUUGCAAGCAAUCACUUCCGUGUCAUGCAAUGAUAAUGAUCUGAAUAUAGUUCAAGAAAAGUUACAGAAGGAGUUGUCCGGGAAAAAAUUCUUAAUUGUUUUAGAUGAUGUCUGGAAUGAGAAUUAUCAUAACUGGACUAUCUUACAAUCUCCUUUCAAAACGAGGAUUCAAGGAAGCAAAAUUAUUGUGACAACAAGAAACCACGGUGUUUCAUCAACAAUGGGUGCCUUGCAUGCUCAUUCUCUAGAGCUUUUGUCAGAUGAUGAUUGCUUGUCUGUAUUUGCUCAACAUGCAUUGGGAGCAAGGGACUUUGAAGGACAUCCAAGCCUAAAGGAAGUUGCUGAGAAGAUGGUGAGAAAAUGCAAAGGUUUGCCUUUAGCUGCUAAAACCCUCGGUGGCUUAUUGCGCACUAAUGUAGAUCUUCAUGCUUGGGAAGAUAUAUUAGAGAGCGAGAUAUGGAAGCUAUCUAAAGAUCAGUCAAGUAUAAUCCCAGCUCUACAGCUAAGCUACCAUCAUCUUCCUCUACAUUUGAAGCGAUGCUUUAUGUAUUGUGCCAUUAUUCCCAAGGACUGUGAGUUUGAGAAGGAAGAAAUAAUCUUGUUAUGGAGGGCACAAGGGUUUCUACAAGAAGAACCAGAUAAACAGCGCAUCCAUGAUUUGGGUCACAAGUAUUUCAACGACCUAGUGUCAAGGUCCCUUUUCCAAGUGGCCAUUAACAAUAAUUAUGGAUUUGUUAUGCAUGACCUCAUUAAUGAUUUGGCUCAAUCAGUUGCUGGAGAAGUAUGCUUUAAAAUAGAAGGUAGUCGACAAAUUUCGAAGCAUGCUCGCCAUUUAUCUUACAUUGCUGAGAGGUUUGACGGCAUCAAAAAAUUUGAAGGCAUUGAUGAAGCGCAACAUUUACGAACCUUUCUUCCAUUAAGCUUUUCUUCGGGCUUUCUAUGUGAUAACUAUCUAACCAAUCAUGUCCUAACGAAUUUGUUGCCAAACUUGCGAUGCUUGAGGGCACUUUCUUUGGAAGAGUACCAAAUCGCCAUGUUACCAGAUUUUGUGGGAGAUUUGAAACUCUUAAGGUACCUAAACUUUUCUAAGAAUAGAGUUAUUAAAUGCUUGCCGGAAUCAGUUAGUAACCUUUACAAUUUAGAAACCUUUUUAUUAAAGGGGUGUUGGAACCUUGAGAAGUUACCGUCUGAGAUGGAAAAGUUGGUCAACCUAUGCUAUCUUGAUAUCACUGGUGCAUAUUACUUAAAAAGCAUGGCAAGCAACUUUAGCAGGCUAACUAAUCUUCAAAAACUUUCCACUUUUGUUUUGGGUAAAGAGAAGGGACAUAAAAUAGGGGAGCUAAUGAAUUUGUCAAAUCUCAGGGGUGAACUUUGUAUUUCAGGAUUACAGAAUAUAGCUGAGCCUCAAGAUGCAUGGAUGGUUAGAUUAUCUGAUAAGUCGAGACUUGAGAAUUUAGAAUUGCAGUGGAGCGAAGGCUUUGAGAAUAGAAGAGAAGAAGUCGAGAAAAAGGUGUUGGAUGGACUUCAACCUUCUAAGAAGCUCAUGGAGCUCAGCAUUAAGUUCUAUUGUGGUGAAAUGUUGGCAAAUUGGGUGGGAGAUUCAUCCUUCAAUUGUUUACAAUCUUUAUGCCUUGAUGAUUGUAGAAAUUUAUUGUCAUUGCCAUCAAUUGGGAAAUUGCCAUUGUUGAAAGAGGUACGUAUUAAAGGAUUGUGGAAUGUAAGGACUGUGGGAGUUGAGUUCUUUGGAGAGAAUACGACCAACACAUUUUCUUCAUUGGAGAUUUUAGAGUUUGUGGACAUGCUUAAUUGGGAGAAGUGGAACUUGUGUGAAGUUGAUGAGGAAGCUAGGAAAUUCCCUAAACUUCGUGAACUCGUUAUUGAAAAUUGUCCCUCAUUGUUAGGGAGUAUGCCGGAAUACCUUCCUUCUUUGAAGAAACUUGCAAUUCGUAGUUGCUGGCAGUUGAGAAUUUCUGUUCAAAACUUUCCAUUGCUUUCAGAAUUAGAAAUUCAUGAUUGCCAUAAGGUAAUUUUUGUAGAUUAUAGCUCUACAAAAAAUAUCUCGUUUGUAGGGAUUUUCAAGUUACGUUGGGGAGCAGAAUGCUUGAGGUUAAGAUCAAUAAAAGUGGAAUCGUUUGAGAUUGGUGAUUGUGAGGAGUUGUGCUCUUCUCGAGAGAACAAUUGGGGAUUGCUAAUUCGAUCCAUGUCCCCCCGAUAAUUGAGAAUUGUAAAUUGCCACGAACUUUUAUCCAUAGCAACAGAAGAGGAAAGAGAAGAAUUGAUGCAAUGGAAUAUUCCUUCUAGCAUUGUAAAUAUGACAAUAGAGAAUUGUGAAUGUCUAGAAAAACUAUCGACAACCCUGUACUCCCUCACAUUACUUAUGGUAUUAGAGCUUGACGGUUGCCCAAACUUGAUUUCUCUUGCAAGGAGCAAUUUACCUUCGAAUCUGGAAGUGCUAAUCAUUGGAAGUUGUGAAAAUUUGCAAUGUUUGUUGUUGGAUGAAGGAGAGGAUGUUGACUCCAACAAUGCAUGUGUUCUUCAGGAGUUGGGUAUUUCCGAUUGUGAAUCUCUAAAGAGAAUAAAUAGAAGUGUGUUGCCCUCCACACUGAAAGAACUUGAUAUAAACAAGUGUCCAAAGCUAGAGUCCAUAUCCCAAGAAAUUCAAGAUAACUCUUCUCUUGAAUCUAUUAAAAUCUGUGGAUGUGAUAUGCUUAAGGGUUUACCUCAAGGAUUGAACAAGCUCAAUCAUUGCAAGAGAUUAGUCAUAAAGGAUUGUUCAAAUUUGAUUUCCUUAGGAGAGAGUGGUUUGCCCACCACACUGGAAGUACUUGAAAUAAAGAAGUGUCCAAAACUAGAGUCCAUAUCCCAAGAAAUUCAAGAUAACUCUUCUCUUGAAUCUAUUGAAAUCUGUGAAUGCCAUAUGCUUAAGGGUUUACCUCAAGGAUUGAACAAGCUCAAGCAUUGCAAGAGAUUAGUCAUAGAGUAUUGUUCAAAUUUGAUUUCCUUAGGAGAGAGUGGUUUGCCCACUACAAACCUUGAAGAGCUCCGCUUCAGCUCUUGUAGAAGUGUCCAAGCUUUGCCCGGGAAUAUGCACAGUCUCAACGCUCUAAAACAAUUAGAAAUAAGAGGUUGUCCAAAUGUGACAUCCAUUCUGGAAGAGGGGAUUCCUACCAAUCUCACAUCGCUUACAAUUGGUGGACCCAAUAUCUGGAAGGCAAUACUUGAGAGGGAUUUGCAUACACUCACUUGUCUUAAAUCUCUCUCCAUAUCCAAUGGGUGUCCAGAUGCAGUGUCAUUUCCUCAAGAUGAGAUAGGAGUCACACUGCCCUCCUCUCUCACCUAUCUCCACAUCUCGGAUUUCCCAAAACUGGAGAGCCUAUCCUCCAAUGGCUUUCGCAAUCUCACUUCUCUCCAGCGCUUGACUAUUGAAAAAUGCCCAAACCUCAAUACUCUUCCGGGAAACAAUAUGCUUUCUUCGCUUUUGGAGCUAAAUUUUUGGGGGUGUCCAAUGAUGGAAGAACGGUGCAAAAGGGAUAAAGGACCUGAGUGGUCCAAAAUUACCCACAUACCUUGUGUUGCUGUACGCACGUUCUUUAGAGACACAAUAAUUUAAGAAUCAAAUUUGCAGUUGUUCCUCCGUCAAAUGUGACAAAACAGCCUUUCCAACCAAAUGAUGCAAAACUGAUGAAGAACUAAAGAUCAUUGAUGUUAGUUUAGCAGGAAUUUGGCCGACAAUCAGAGGAUGUCACAGGUUUGUGAUAAUUGGAAAUACUCCUCAAUUUAUUUGUUAUUAAGAGGAAUUUGGCUGAAAUCCAAUGCAGAGGAUGUCUGAGGACUCCUUGGGGAAAUGCAGACCUUUUCUCCAGCGAAAGAGUUGAGCUGAUUCAACUCCUAAUUUCAUAGGCUUUUGCUUGGAUGAGCUUUACAUGGGUACCCUCCCAUUGUACCAAAAGCUUUUGUCUUUCCAUACCAUGCCUCUAAUUCUGUAUAGCUUGUGGAUCUUCGGCAUCAAAGUCUGUCUCUAUUGUUGGGAUUCCUCGAACUUUCUCUAUUAUGUUCUGUAAUAAUCACUUCUCGAUGAUAGCUAAAGUAGAGUUAUGUAUUUAUUGUGAUCAUGUAGCCACACUUCUAUAUUAUAGUGAAAUUUUUGAGUGGACUGUCAAGUCCCGUGGUUUUUACCCUUUGAUUUAAAGGGGUUUUUCCACGUAAAAUUUUGGCGUGUCUGGUGUGAUUGAUGCUUUGUGAUCAUUCUUGGCUGCUUCUGUGUUUUUUUGGAGAUUAUUUUGAGCUAUUUCUGCUAUCGUAAUUACCAAAAAAGAGUUGUAGUCAUGCUUGUAUCUCUUCAAUUGUGGAGCAGAGCAUUCUAUGAAAAUAAAUAAAACAUCAUCAAAUACGAGAAGCUGCAAAUCAAACUUCACAUCUGAGAUUGAAGUCUCUUUGAUUCACUGAUCCAUCUCCUACAAUUAUAAAAUGAAUCAUUUUCUUAAAUAUAAUUUAGUCAUCCUAUAACAUCCGUUUAAAAUAAAGUAUGGGUAACUAACAUACAGGAUAACCAGCAGACUGCAAUUUGAUAGAAACAGCCGAAUGAAACCAUGGAAGAAGCGAAGAACUACUCCAGAAGCUUGUUUGAAAGUUAAUGGGUUAGUAAAGGAGACUCUUUUUGCCAUAUCCAAACCAUCUAUUUUUCUAAACUACAACUACGUUUGAAUACUUGAGGCCAUCUAGUCUGCUAUCCUAACUCGACCUCGUAGAUUGUGCUGGUAAUUUGUUAAAAACAUGGAGGCUGCAGUCAUCGAGCUCCAACUUUCAUGUUAUCCUCACUACCUUAAGAUCAUGCCUCAGAGAAGCCUAGAGAGGUAAAGGGGAAACACAACAUCAUACA